CGGAGACAGACCUCAGCUCAGUCCUGCUGCUCCCAUUGGCUGGCUGCUUGUACAAAAUCUAACUGAAACCUCCUCGGUCCCAACACUCCAACAAUCCUAAAGGCGUCCGUGCAGCUGCUCCGUCACUCCCCCGCCGCCGCGUCGCUCCACAUCCUCACGCAGGCGCUCGACGUUCAACUUUUAUCUGCACUGUUAUUCUGCCUGUGAAGAGCGCUGCUCCUGCAACUCCUGCCGCUCCUGCUCCUGCUGCUCCCGGCUGGUUUUAUGGUCAUUUAUCUUAAAUCCGACAGGACCUCAUUCAUUUAUACUCAUUUUUAUUAUUUCACCUGAAGGAAACAAGUAGACAAAGAACUUUCCAAACCUCAAUGCCUGGGUACCCGGAGUGACACGGAGCUCAGUGCGGACCAGGACACACCAAGAGCACCACAGGAGCUCCACCAGCUUUCAAAAUUUUCUCCAACUUCAGCCCUCAAACGAACAUUAGCAUGAUGUCGUAUCUAAAGCAACCUCCUUACACGGUCAAUGGCCUCAGCUUAACCACCUCCGGGAUGGACCUUUUACACCCAUCAGUGGGCUAUCCAGCCACGCCACGGAAGCAGAGGCGAGAAAGAACUACUUUUACACGCGCACAGCUAGACGUUUUGGAGGCGUUGUUCGCCAAGACUCGAUAUCCGGACAUAUUCAUGCGCGAGGAGGUGGCGCUGAAAAUCAACCUACCUGAGUCCAGAGUCCAGGUGUGGUUCAAGAACAGGCGGGCGAAGUGUCGCCAGCAGCAGCAGCAGCAGCAGAACGGAGGCCAGAACAAGGUGCGACCUCCCAAAAAGAAGAGUUCUCCGAGCAGAGAGGUGAGCUCGGAGAGCGGGGCCAGCGGCCAGUUCACGCCCCCCGCCAGCACCACCACCGUCCCACCGGCCGUGUCCAGCACCAGCACCGCCCCGGUGUCCAUCUGGAGCCCCGCGUCCAUCUCCCCGCUGUCGGACCCGCUGUCUACCUCCUCGUCCUGCAUGCAGAGGUCUUACCCCAUGACCUACACGCAGGCCUCGGGCUACAGCCAGGGCUACGCGGGCUCCACGUCCUACUUCGGGGGCAUGGACUGCGGCUCCUACCUCACCCCCAUGCACCACCAGCUGUCCGGCCCGGGCUCGACCCUCAGCCCCAUGAGCACGAACGCGGUCACGGGCCACCUGAACCAGUCCCCGGCGGCGCCCCUGUCCGCCCAGGGCUACGGGGCGUCCGGCCUGGGCUUCAACUCCACAGCGGACUGCUUGGAUUAUAAGGACCAAGCCGCGUCGUGGAAGCUGAACUUCAAUGCCGAUUGCUUGGAUUAUAAGGAUCAGACAUCCUCGUGGAAAUUCCAGGUCCUGUGAACAAGAGCGAUCAGAAAAAAGAAAAAAAAAAGCACACAAACACUGACGGUCACAUCAAUGAAACGAUCAGA